AUGCCAAAUAAAUCCAAGAAUCGACGGUACGUAUACGAUAAGAGUGUUGAUAAAGAAAAGAAGAAAAUCGAGAAAAUUUUCGAGGGCACAUCACCGUUAUGGAUUCGAAUAAUAAUUUUUAUUCUACGAGCGUGGUUCUAUAUCUACGAUUGUCUCAAUUAUAUCCCAUACGAAUUAUUCAACUCGCCAACGGCUAAACUACAACGUAGUAACAGAAUUAAGGCAAAACCGGAGAAAGGAUUAGACAGCCCGUGGGUGAAUGUUGAAGGACCGAUCGACGCAAAUAUCGAUGGAAAUGAUACGGUUGAUAAGGUGUUCACGUAUAUCGCCAAGAAGUUCGGUGAUAAGACAGCGUUAGGAACACGAGAAUUGAUCGAUGUCACCGAACAAGUGCAACCGGAUGGUCGUGUGUUCGAGAAGUGGGAAUUGGGAGAGUACCAAUGGGAAUCAUAUGAAGAAGUGCUCGAUCGAAUCGGAAUGAUUGCAGCCGGUCUUAACAGUAUCGUCGAUGGUCAGGAGAAUAAGGUAAGGGGACAGAUGCAAAAAUCGCAUAAAGAAGAAAAUGAAAUUACAGUUGAAUCUCGAGCGAGCAAGGAUGAUAUUGCCAUGAUAAUGUACACGAGCGGUACGACAGGUGCACCGAAAGGUGUGCUCAUAACGAACGAGAAUAUCGUCGCGUCUGCGAUCGGUCUCGCUGAGGGUGUUCCGAUCGUGAGCAGUACGGACACUUACAUUGGCUAUUUACCACUCGCACACAUCCUUGAAGUGGCUGCCGAAUUGACGUGUUUGGUGAGUGAAUUGAUUGGUUGUUAUUGUAAUUUUGUUAUAUCGCUCCGUGGCUGUCGAAUCGGCUACUCGAGUCCAUUGACGUUGCACGAUCGUGGUGCGAAGAUCAAGCCGGGAACACACGGCGAUUGCUGGGCACUUCGACCAACAGUUAUGGCUGCUGUGCCGGCAAUAAUGGAUCGCAUAUUCAAAGCAGUCAGUGAUGAAGUGGCGUCGAGUCCGCGUUUAAUGCAAGAACUGUUCAAACUUAAUUAUGAACGUAAACGUGCCAGAUACGAAGAGGGUUAUUGCAGUCCAUUCCUCGAUCGUAUUGUUUUCAAAAAGAUUCGUCGUCUACUGGGCGGUAAACUUCGAGGAGUGAUGAGUGGCGGGGCGGCGUUGAAUCCAGAAACACAACGCUUCAUGAACAUCUGCAUGUGCUGUCCGGUCAUCCAAGGAUACGGU